GCCACUUUAUUGUCCUAUAUAUAGGUAGUAGGCUGGUCCUGGCACCAGCCGCCUGUUGAGAUACUACCGUUGGGGACAAACAUGUCGUGUUGAAGAGUCCGUGAAGGGACAAAACCAGUCUUCCCGUUUCGGAUUCUGUUCCCAAUUACAGUGUUCUUCUUCUUCUGCCAGCACAGACACUUGGGAGGCCUUGACUGGUUGGGCCUCCCCACCUUCUUCCACGCAGACACCCCCACCCCCUGAUACAGAUGCUCUCUCUCUCUCUCUCUCUCUCUCUCUCUCUCUCUCUCUCUCUCUCUACCUAUCUUUCUAUCUAUCCAUUUACCUCUCCAUACGUCUAGUUUUAUAGCUGCUUCUCUCCAUGUCUCUUUCUCUGAAUUUGUUUCUUUGUUUUUAAGAAAGUCUUUCACUCUCUCUCCUAGCAGUCAUCUAAUUCUCUCUCUCUCUCUCUCUCUCUCUCUCUCUCUCUCUCUCUCUCAACAUCAAGCCCAGACUGCAGAGUGAACGCCUGUUAUAGGUAAGAGACAACACCUAAAACUGUUCUUAUGCUUCAUCUUUUAAAUGGCUAAAUAAAAAUGGCGAUUAUCAAAAAUAUUAAUCAAUAUUCCAUGUUCCCCUUUCUGCCGGUUUCUUUCCAUGUUCCAGGACAGUCUUCAAGGAUCCCUCGAGGGAAGGAAAGCAUGAAGAACAGUAGGACUCCAUGGACGAAGAGAUCCUCCGGAUGGCUCCUUUAUUUUUGUGUUUAGUUAUGAGAAAUGUAAACAUUGUUCCUUCGGGAAUAAUGGACGAUGCGAUACGUUUCUAUCGAGUGUUUUGUCUGAGGUGGUACGAAUUAACAUAAAUAAAUUGGUUAAUUAAGAAGUAAAUAAGCAAGUUGAUGAAUAAAUAAAUAAAUAUGCGGGUAAAUAAAAAUACCUCUAGAGGAAUUAUGAGACUAAAACUCACAUAAAUCAUUUGAUGAUAAAAUCCAGACUCGUCGCCAACUGGUAUAACUUCAAGAAGAUGAUGACUCGAUCACCCGGACAAACCACUUGAGAAAAAUCAUUAUUUUAUUUUCUUUUUCUUAAUUUGAGAUGUAAAGUAUAAACGUUAACGAGUGAUUAAUGACUGAAUGAACGAUUUUUUUGUCCUGAUUGAGUGCGAAUGGCGUAGAAUGGAACAGAAAACAACCAAUGAUCAGACCGCAAAGUUGACUUCAUUUGUUCUGUUGCAUGUCGUCUGCUAACUUUCUUCUUCUCUCCCGAUACUAACGAUAAAUCUCAGAUCCCAAAGCGCCCGUGCCGCCCACGACCCCGCCCCCGCCUCCGAGUUCCCCGAACGCCAAUGUGUUGGACCAGGCCUACGAAAUCACGACGACGACCACAUCCCCUCCCUCCAGGAAUUCAUGACGAACGCCGAUCCCAACGCCCCUGAUUUCAUGCUCACUGACGGGCCCUUUGGCUUCGGCUAUGCCGUCACCCUCAAGAGUGACAAGGGCCAGUGCCUGAAGAGAAGUCCUUUCGCCACAAGCGACGACUGCACCCAGGACCCAAGCACGUGCAAAGCAGGCUUCAGCAUCAGCAUCUGGGAGAGGGUCAACAUCAGCUUCGACGUCUUCUACACCGUGUACAAGUACCACCAGGACACAAAGCGAUACAUCCUCUCGACAGGCGGCGAUGAAUUUGGCCACCCUGGAGUGGCCAUCUACCACCAGGGAUUAGCACUGGUGGCCCUGGUAUCUACCGGAGACAAAUAUUGGAAGCUGGAAGUACUGGGGCCCUUCAGAAACAAUGAGUGGAAUAAUAUCGGUAUCCGCUGGCAGAACUCUGAAACCACUACAGGAGGGCUGGAGCUCUACAUUGACGCAAUCAAAGUGGGCCAAGAACACUACAGCAAGCCCAGUGCUCCUGCUAAGGGCAUCCUGAAUCCUACAGAGAUGCUUAUAGGAUGCCACAAGGACGCCGACAACCCCAUGUACCGUGGUUUCAACGAUGCCGAUUUCGACGAGUACGCCUACUGGAACCGGAGGCUUCCUGACGACCAGACUAUCUUCUUCAUGGGUGGCUACGAGGGCAACAUAGAGAACCUCGCACCAGAGGAAUUCGCCCAUAUGCUGUCCAAAACGAACAUGAAGGACCCAGUACAAGCUCAGAUCGCCAUGACUAUGUUCAACACCAUGGCUGACUCACUCACAGAGGAUGAAGGCCCACAGGAACCUGCGAACGCAACUCUUCCUGGAGACGCCAAUGGAACAGUCCCUUUGGACUCUUUUUCCCUGAAACUCAGGGGCAUGGCGGAUGCCCUGAAGAAGCUGGCCAAUCCAGAUCUCAUCAAGAGUGACCUGAAUUUGAGAGAGCUGGGUAUCUACAUGGACAUCAUCAAAGCCGCCAGCAAAAUCCUUAACGAGUCCAACGCCGAGAGGUGGCACAAGAUCGAGGACGACGGGCACCGAGGGGCCCCUGGAGUCAAGGAGGACGUCGAGAGGUACAUAGACGCCCUCGGGAAGAGACUCAAGAUGGACCCAAACAACCCAGAGCCUCAGAGUUUCGUCAAGUUUACGGACAACAUACUCGUGAAAAUGGAGAAGAUGUCACUCAGCGAUUACCAGAUGAGAGGGAAUGCCUACGUCAGUCCCAAGUACAGUGAGAGUGCUGAGAUGAGGGACUUCUGGCUCGACUGGGAUACUCCCCUUGAGAAGGUCACUGUUCCCACGGCCCUCGUCGGAGGUAUUUCCGAGUGCGACAGAUACCUCGUCAGCGUGUCCACUGUUGUGUACGAUUCGAUGGACGAGGUCGGGCCAUCUCGCGUCAGUCCGACGACCCUGAACAACAAAGUGGUAAACAAACUCGACUCGCGCGUCAUCAGGACCAACUUGAAUGUCUAUCCGCCAUCGAACUCAGCCACGACCCCCAACGGGGUCAGCUGCUACCCAAACCAACAGAAGCUGAAUGCCAACCCGGUCCAGUUCACCGGAGGUCACAAGGAACUCAGCUUCACCAUCAGGCACCCGACCUUCCACCAGGACGAGCUGAACACCGACAUAUACGAGAGACACUGUGUCUGGUGGAACUCAAAGAUUGGGGAGAAGGGAGCCUGGGAUGGCAGCGGCUGCCUCCUGCUGCAGACGACGCAGUUUUACACCAAGUGCUCCUGCAAGACGUUCGGCUCCUUCGCCAUCAUGGCUGAACUCACGGAGGAAAAGAUUCCACCAUACGAGCCAGGCUGGUUAAAAGGCAUCAAGAUCUUCCUGUACAUCAUCUCGGAUAUCCUCCUCCUGUUCUACAUUCUCGUCGUUGUGUUCUCCGGUGACCUCAAAGACCAGUUCCAUCUCUCUGGUCUACUCCUCUCUGGGUGUCUCAUAGGAGGCUCUAUCGGAAUGCUCCUCAGCGACGCGGAAUCCAUCCAACAUGGCCGACACAACUGCACGGCAAUCGGAACCCUGAUCCAGGGUUUCUAUGUGCUGUCAGCUCUGUGGGUCACCAUGCUGGGCCACGCCGGCUUCAAAGCUACCACUAGGGGCAUAAUAGCAGGACGACUGCAGUCCUACGCCGCGGUAUCCUUCGGGGUGACCAUGGUCCUCAUAGGAAUCAGCAUCACCUUCUUCAUCCACGACCUUGGAACGGACCCGAGGUGUUUCGUGGCGUGGUUCGACGGCGACAAGCUCAUCCUCUUCUUCUUCCCCGUGGCCGUGUGCCUGGGGGUGUCCCUCUUCUUCGGCUGCGUCGUGCUCUUCAACGUCAACCAUUCGAAAAAGCUAAAUAAGGUCAUCCAGACUGACUACAGCUCGUUUAUCUCUGGAAGCACCGCCAUCAUAAUCUACUUCGCCAUCACCUGGAUAAUAGCGGCGAUUUCCUACAUCAAAAUAGGAGAUGGAUACAGCGGAAUGUAUCCAGUCUUCCAGAUACUGAAUAGCCUCAUGGGCGUAGUCGUCUUCAUCAGCAUAGGAAUCAUGUCGGUGAAGUUCCGUAGGGUCCUCACGAGGACGCAUCAGAGAAGGGGUGAGAUCCUUCAGAAAAUGAAGGAGAAAGCUAAAAACGCCAAGGAAGGGAAGAGUCCCAAAAACGCCAAGGACAAAGCCAUCCCUCCCCCACCCCCUCCUCCACCUCCCAGUAAAACUCAACCAAAGCCCCCUUCACCUCCCCUCCCCCUCUAAAAAUCAACCAAAGCCCCCUUCACCUCCCCCUUCCCCCUCCCUUUUUCCUCCUCCACCAAAUCUGAUCGACGCUGACUGAACCCGCUUCUUAAACUAAAACAGACGCACCAGCAUUGUUUGGUCAAGUGGUCCUUUUGCAAAGCCUUUAGUUCAGAAAGGAUCAGGUCGCUUUUAUUUUUGCACUUUAGGACCUAUAAUAAUCUCCUAAUUGUUCAUUUUAUUUUUUAAGUAAUAUCUCAAAUAAGUCUAACAGCGAACUGCAAUUAAAUCGUGAUAUUGAAAUGUAUCUGCUGCACAGUUUAGUGCAAAGUCUUACGCGUGUUUCCUUUUCACCUCUACAUACGCUUUCUACAUGUGAAAGCAGCUUUCCACAAACGAAAGCAACAUUAAUAUUCCUGGCGUUUGUUUUUCUUCAGUUUCCUCGACGCUGCACAUUUCAGAUUCGCGUGACGCAUUCGAUCCAGAAAUCUGUGAUUAGGACUUGCGUAUGUACGGCUCUCAGAAAUAUAUCAAGCCUAACACACACUGUUUAAAAGAUCUCUCAACACCCAGUUCACUAUUUUGAAAUCAAACCAAAAGGAUCGAUUGGUUGAUUUAUGGUUGCUAAAACUGGCGUCACAAGCAUUUACUACAGAGUCCGAGCUAUUUAUGAAUAUCUGUUUUUUUGAAAUUGUUUUUCCAAAGCAAAUUAGGCCAGCUUUUUCCGGCACAGGCAUUCUGUAUUAAAAUUUGCAAAGCAUU